AGAAAGAUGAAGAAGGUGCCUAGUCUGUUUUUGUUGGUGGCUAUCUUCUUCGUUGCUUAUACGCAGCUAGCGAAGGGGCAACCUCAACCUCGCCAUGAUUGCAAAUCUAGAUGUGGCAACGUCACAAUUGAGUACCCCUUUGGUAUUUCCACAGGUUGCUACUAUCCCGGAGAUGAUGUUUUCAAUAUCACAUGUGCGGAAGAUAAACCAAAUGUCAUAGAAAACAUUGAAGUGAGAAACUUUUAUCACAGCGGCCAGCUACGCGGUAUGCUUCCUCGGUCCACUGUUUGCUAUGACGGGGUAAGGAAUGAUGAAUUCAGUUCCCUCUGGUUUCAACUGGAUAAUUUAUCUCUCUCAACCAAAAACAAGUUUACUCUAGUCGGCUGUAACGCUUGGGCACUUCUGAGCACCUUUGGAUUGCAAAACUACUCAACUGGAUGCUUGUCAUUAUGCGAUUCUUCCUCGGUACCAAAUAAUAAAUGUAAUGGUGUAGGUUGCUGCAGAACAGACGUCUCUGUUCCGUUAGAUAGCAACAGGCUUGAAAUGCAACCAGCUCGCUUCGAAAACAUGACUUCUGUGAAACACUUUAAUCCUUGCGUCUACGCCUUUUUCGUUGAAGAUGGUAUGUUUAACUUCAGUUCUACAGAGGACCUUGAGAAUCUGAGGAAUGUCAGGCAAUUCCCUGUGGUACUGGAUUGGUCUAUUGGAAACCAUACAUGCGAGCAAGUAGUAGGCAGAGACAUAUGUGGUGGUAACAGCACAUGUUUUGAUUCUACUCGUGGAAAGGGUUAUAACUGCAAAUGUUUACAAGGUUUUGAGGGAAAUCCAUAUCUUUCAAACGGUUGCCAAGACAUCAAUGAGUGUACUACUAGCAGCAGUAUCCAUAAACAUAAUUGUACGGAUCCCAAAACCUGUAGAAACAGAGAUGGAGGCUAUUAUUGUAAGUGUCAAUCUGGUUAUGGCUUAGAUACAACCACUAUGAGCUGCAAGCGUAAAGAUUUUGGAUGGGCUAUGAUUCUUCUUGGAACCACUAUUGUCUUCUUGGUCAUCCUGCUUGGCGCUAGUUUAAUAAAACAGAGGCUGAGGCACCGGAAAGACAUCGAGCUGCGACAACAGUUUUUCGAGCAAAAUGGUGGUGGCAUGUUGAUACAGCGACUCUCAGGAGCAGGGCCGUCUAAUGUUGAUGUCAAAAUCUUUACUGAACAAGGCAUGCAGGAAUCAACUAAUGAUUAUGAUGAGAGCAGAAUCCUGGGUCAGGGAGGCCAAGGAACAGUCUACAAAGGGAUACUGCCGGACAACUCCGUAGUUGCCAUAAAGAAGGCUCGGCUUGGAGACCGUAGCCAAGUUGAGCAAUUCAUUAACGAAGUAGUAGUGCUGUCACAAAUCAACCAUAGGAACGUGGUCAAGCUCUUGGGAUGUUGUCUAGAAACUGAAGUUCCCUUGUUGGUCUAUGAGUUCAUUACCAGUGGUACUCUUUUCGACCACUUACACGGUUCUACGUUUGAUUCUUCUCUAUCAUGGGAACACCGCUUGAGGAUAGCUGUAGAAGUAGCUGGAACUCUUGCAUAUCUUCACUCCUCUGCUUCUAUUCCAAUAAUCCACAGGGAUGUCAAGACUGCUAAUAUUCUCUUGGAUGAAAAUUUAACUGCAAAAGUAGCAGACUUUGGUGCUUCAAGGCUGAUACCAAUGGACCAAGAGCAGCUCACAACAAUGGUGCAAGGAACUCUCGGCUACUUAGACCCAGAAUACUACAACACAGGCCUUCUGAAUGAAAAGAGCGAUGUUUAUAGUUUUGGGGUAGUCCUCAUGGAACUGCUCUCAAGUCAAAAGGCAUUGUGCUUUGAACGGCUAGAGACCUCAAAACAUAUAGUGAGUUACUUUGUUGCUGCCAUGAAAGAGAAUAGGUUGCAUGAGAUUAUUGACAGCCAAGUGAUGAAUGAGUAUAAUCAGAGGGAGAUCCAGGAAGCUUCAAGAAUUGCUCUUGAGUGUACAAGACUGAUGGGAGAGGAAAGACCAAGGAUGAAAGAAGUAGCUGCAAAGCUAGAAGCCUUGAGAGUCAAAACAACUAAACACAAGUGGUCGGAUCAGUAUCCUGAGGAGAAUGACCACUUACUUGGUGUUCAAAUCUUAUCAGCUCAGGGUGAUACCAGUAGCAUUGGCUAUGACAGCAUCAAGAAUGUAGCAAUAUUGGACAUUGAAGCUGGCCGCUGAUAUAUAUCAGUCCAGCUCUGAAAAAUUCACAUGUAAUGAUAUUUUUUCUUAUGUUGUAAACGAAUGCUUCAUAUAUUCUUGUAUC